GAGCACAGAGCGGGGCGGAGUUAUAACGGCAACGCUUUCCUCAGUCUCACCACCCAGUUUAGUUAUAACAAGUCAUUCCAGAGAGAUAAGAACGACAGAGACUGCUAAAUAAAUAGGUCUAGGGCGUACAUCAAAGGUAAUUCACUGCGCCAACUAGCUACCAAGCUAUCUUUUACGUUUCUGUUGCUGUUAGAAAGAAGUAAAUCUGGAUUUAUCCGUUCAUUCAGAAGCCUACCACACGGCACCAGCUCCUGCUAGUGUUAAGUGGCCGGUAUCUAACGUUAAUAGCUAGCAUUUACCGGGGCAAACAGCCUAGCCUCCAGUCUGACGGCGACUUUUCUAAAGUUGCUAAGAACGCAAAUAAAACGGCUUCAAGUUUAAGGUCGAUAGCGUCUGCGAAAGUCGAGGAGCAUGGAGUCGACGAAAGCAGGAGGUGUAAUAGCAUACAUAAGCUCCUCCGGCUCCGCCCCCAGCCCAGAGUCCUGCCACAGCGACUGCUCCAACAGCAGCUGCCAAUCAUCCUCCCCGACCCACAGCGGGCGUGGCCGGCUGGCUGACUCCGCCCGGCCGCUCGACCUGCCGCGGGCGAAGGCCGGACACCCCGCCUCUCCUGCCCAGCGCGGCAUUACGAAGAUCAGUGGCCUGGUGCUGCUGUGUAAGGUGUGUGGUGACGUGGCGUCUGGGUUCCACUACGGCGUCCACGCCUGUGAGGGCUGCAAGGGAUUCUUCCGGAGGAGCAUCCAGCAGAACAUCCAGUAUAAGAAGUGCCUUAAGAGUGAGAGCUGCCCCAUCAUGAGGGUGAACCGCAACCGCUGCCAGCAGUGCCGCUUCAAGAAGUGUAUGCUGGUGGGCAUGUCCCGCGACGCCGUGCGUUUCGGGCGCAUUCCCAAGCGGGAGAAGCAGCGCAUGCUCCUGGAGAUGCAGAGCGCCAUGAACCACAUGAUGAACAACGCCAACCAGGCCCUGCCCCUCGGUGAACAGGCCCCGCCCCUGGGACGCCAGACCCCGCCCCUUGGAGGCCACACCCCGCUGUCUGCCUCAGACCCCGCCCCUGGUGGCUCCAGCCCCGCCCACACCCUCCGCUCGCCUGCCCCUUCGCCUGGCCGUGGCCCCCGGGAGCCCCUCCCACACCCCGAGCCCCCUGUCGCCAUGGACACCACCUCAAGCUCCACCUCCUCCAGCGGGUCGGAGAGCGGGGAGGAAGAGGUCGUAGGCACGGUAACCAGGGCCCACCAGGAGACCUUCAUGUACAACCAGGAAGAGGAGGAGGAGACCCCGCCCUCACAAGCCAUGCGCACGCCAGGCCUGGCCAAUCAGGAGGCCUGGAACCAGAGGAACAACCUCGUCACCAUGGAAACAGGGCACCGCCAGUUCCCAGCCACCAACAGGCACUACCUCUAUGAAGACCCUAACCACAGCUACUGCCCAGCCCGGCUGCCCUACAGCGCCCCCUCUGGACACUGCCCCACGUUCGUGCACAGCCUGUAUAAAGACUACAACUCCCACAAUCCCCACCACAACAUGGCUGACACCCGUGCCUUCAGAGGGCCUGUGUGGAGUGGAGGAAACAGGAUGCACCUGGUGUGCCCCAUGAACACCUCUCCGUUGGUGGACCCGUGCGCGUCGGGCCAGGGCGUGUGGGCCCAGUUCUCCCGCAGCUUCACUCCGGCCGUGCGCGAGGUCGUGGAGUUCGCCAAGCGUGUCCCGGGCUUCCGAGACCUGUCCCAGUCCGACCAGGUCAGCCUGCUGAAGGCGGGAACGUUCGAGGUGCUGGUGGUGCGGUUCUCCUCGCUGUUCGAUGCGUCCGACCGCACGGUCACCUUCCUCAGCGGUCAGAAGCACAGCGUGGAGGCUCUGCGCUCCAUGGGCGCCGGAGACCUGCUCACCUCCAUGUUGGACUUUGGCCAGAAGCUCACCGCCCUCGGGCUGAGCGAGGAGGAGAUGAGCCUCUUCACUGCCGUCGUGCUCGUCUCUGCCGAUCGCUCAGGGAUUGAGAACGUGAACUCCGUGGAGGCCCUUCAGGAGACGCUGAUCCGUGCUCUCAGGAGCCUGAUCAUGAAGAACCACCCCAACGAGGCGGGCAUCUUCACCAAGCUGCUGCUGAAGCUGCCCGACCUGCGCUCCCUCAACAACAUGCACUCCGAACAGCUGCUGGCCUUCAAGGUGCACCCCUGAACCCUGAACCCUGACCCCUGACCCCCGGGUCAGGGCCGGGUGCUUCCUGUGGACCACGCCCACCGCCCCCUCUCAUAAACAUUCACUCGACUGCGUGUCCUACACUGGACUGCGUGUCCUACACUGGACUGUGUGUCCUACACUCGACUGCGUGGCCUACACUCGACUGUGUCCUACACUCGACUGCGUG